AAAUUUACCGCUCACUUUUCUGUUUACAAACCGCGAACCGCCAGAAUCUCCGGUGGAUUUCGAUUUCAUGUGCUACUGCGUGCAUUUUCACUGAUUUCCUUUAUAAAAUUGACAAAAUUUCCUCAAACAUGAAACUAGCAACCAAGGACGAAGCAGUGAAUCAACCCAACCGGGAACUGUCCGACGAAGAUGACGAGGAUACCCACGAAACGUCCAGCAUCGGAAGUACCUGCACGGACAACACCUCCAACGGCAGCGAGUCCCACCCGAACCGAAAGAAGCGCAGGCGACAGAAGAAGAAGGUGCCCAAAACGACCCGGCCGCUGUACAAGUUUGCGAGUUACGUGAAGGAGGACCACGGUCAGCCGCUGUUUGGGUGUCAGUUCAACCAUAAUCUGAAGAAGGGCGAACUUCCGGUGUUUGCGGCCGUUGGAAGCAAUCGCGUAUCGAUCUACCAAUGCCAGGAGAACGGAGAUCUGAAGCUGUUGCAGUGCUACUCGGAUCCGGAUGUCGACGAGAUAUUCUACACCUGUGCGUGGUCUCACGAGGCCGAAACGGGUCGCCCGAUACUUGCCGCAGCUGGUCUGCGGGGUGUAAUUCGCGUGUUUAGUCCGGCCUCGCUGAACGCCUACAAGCAUUACAUUGCCCAUGGGCACGCCAUCAACGAGGUCAAGUUCCACCCGAAGGAGUAUUAUCUGCUGCUGUCGGCCAGUAAGGACCACUCGUUGCGGCUGUGGAACACAAAAACCGACGUCUGCAUAGCGGUCUUCGGUGGCGUCGAAGGUCAUCGCGAUGAAGUGCUGAGCGCAGACUUUGACAUCCUCGGAACGCGGAUUAUGUCCUGCGGAAUGGACCACUCGCUCAAGAUGUGGCGCCUCGACACGGACACCAUGAAGGACGCCAUCCGCAGCAGUUACAAUUUCAGCACACUUUCAUUCCCCUCGGUCAACGAGCACUUUCCGGUGUUCUCAACCCGAGACAUCCACCGCAAUUACGUGGACUGCGUCAGAUGGAUGGGCGAUUACGUGCUGUCCAAGUCUUGCGAGAAUUCCAUCGUCUGCUGGAAGGCCGGCAAAAUCGAUGAGGUGGAAACCAAAGGCAACGAAACGACCACCACGGUGCUGAGCACGCUCGAGUACAAGGACUGCGACAUUUGGUUCAUCCGGUUCUCGCUCGACUACUGGCAGAAGUACCUCGCCCUGGGCAACCAAAUCGGGAAAACCUACAUCUGGGAGCUGGAUACGGACGAUCCGGUGCAUCCGCGCUGCAGCCAGCUGUUCCACCCGAAGUGUACGACCGCCAUCCGGCAGACGUCGUUUUCGCGCAACGGAGACAUGCUGAUUUGCGUGUGCGACGAUGGAACGGUCUGGCGCUGGGAUAAAGUCUCGCAAGGUUGAGCAGGGCUAGCUUGUAUCGCACAGAUCGUUCCAUUUUAACAAUUGUAUUUAUGGUACUUUUUUUU